CGCCGAGUCGCGCCGGCCCCAGAAGUGAUGAAAGCCGCGGCCGAGUCCAGGUCACGCCGAAGCCAUUGCCCUUUUAAGGGGGAGCCUUGAAACGGCGCCCGGGUUCCAUGUUUGCAUCCGCCUCGCGGGGAGGAAACUCCAUGUUGUAACAAAGUUUCCUCCGCGCCCCCUCCCUCCCCCUCCCCCUAAGAACCUGGCUCCCCUCCCCUCCGAAGCUCGCGGGGAUCCCUCCCUCCCACCCUCCCCUCCCCCCCGCGCCCCGAUUCCGGCCCAAGCCGGGGGGGAGGCCGGGUGCUGGGGCCAGAGUCCGGCCGGAGCGGAGUGCGCCGGGCCCCAUGGACAGCUCGGCCGUCAUUACUCAAAUCAGCAAGGAGGAGGCACGGGGCCCGCUACGAGGCAAAGGUGACCAGAAGUCAUCUGCUUCUCAGAAGCCCCGGAGCCGGGGCAUCCUCCACUCACUUUUCUGCUGUGUCUGCCGGGAUGAUGGGGAGGCCCUGCCCACCCACAGUGGGGCACCCCUGCUUGUGGAGGAAAACGGAGCUGUUCCCAAGCAGACCCCAGUCCAGUACCUGCUCCCCGAGGCCAAGGCCCAGGACUCAGACAAGAUCUGCGUGGUCAUCGACCUGGAUGAGACCCUGGUGCACAGCUCCUUCAAGCCAGUGAACAAUGCUGACUUCAUCAUCCCCGUGGAGAUCGAUGGGGUUGUCCACCAGGUCUACGUGCUGAAGCGGCCCUAUGUGGAUGAGUUCCUGCAACGAAUGGGCGAGCUCUUCGAGUGCGUGCUGUUCACUGCCAGCCUAGCCAAGUACGCAGACCCAGUAGCUGACCUGCUGGACAAGUGGGGGGCCUUCCGGGCACGGCUGUUUCGUGAGUCAUGUGUCUUCCACCGAGGGAACUACGUGAAGGACCUGAGCAGGCUAGGCCGAGACUUGCGACGGGUGCUUAUCCUGGAUAACUCACCUGCCUCCUACGUCUUCCAUCCAGACAACGCUGUACCGGUGGCCUCGUGGUUUGACAACAUGAGUGACACAGAGCUCCACGACCUCCUGCCCUUCUUCGAGCAGCUCAGCCGAGUGGAUGACGUGUACUCAGUGCUCAGGCAGCCGAGGCCUGGCAGCUAGUGAGGCGCCCUGGGGCCAGGACCUGCCCCUGACCACACCUACACUUUUCACACACGGACUCUUCCUUAAGAAAACCCAGCACCCUCGGCCUCAGUGCCACGGGGAAGUGUGCGUCUUCCUCGCCAUCGGGCCAGGCUGCGAAGAGGGCAGCGAGACCCUGGAUCCCUGUGUCAGUGCCUUAGAACCUCCUCACUCUUCUUAGGGGACCUAAGGGGUCCUGUGUGCCGCCCCCUUUUUCUCUCUGUGCUGCCGUGUUUUCCUGCUGCCAAGUCAGGCCCCUUGGCCCUUUCCAGUUCUGCUUGGGGGGGUGGGGGCAGGGUUCCUGCUGCCCCAUGCCUUGAGCCCCCAGCCUGGGAACGGUGGACACCAAGUGCCUUGCACAGAGCCCUCUUCCCCGCCUGGUUUCCCCAGGGCCAGAUCAGGUCAGCUCUUGCCUGGAACAGUCUUCAGGCUGUUGGUCAGGGAGAAACCAGUCUCCCCAGCUCUUCUGUGGGGACUGAUACAGACCCCACCACCUCUGCCUAGGAGGGUGGGCAGGAGGGGAGAUCUGUUACCACUUGUGAAAGCAGCAGGGGUCUGUCCUUCAGGAUCCCAGAGUUCAGCUUCUCUGGGCUCAUUAGCAGCUGAAGGCUGUUCCCCAUUAUCACUCAGGGGGCUUGGCUCCCCUAACUGAGUAUGGGGACGUAGGCAGGACCCCUUUGUGGUGCCAUAUAAAUAUGUAUAUGUGUAUAUAGAUUUUUAGAGGAAGGGGAGAGGGAAGGGUCAGACACCCCUUCCUCACCCCUUUCCUGGGCCCAUGAAUUGGGGGGGAAGGAGGGAAAAGAUUUUUACACUUUUAAACUAUUUUCUGAAUGAAACAAGCUGGGCAGAGGGGCCCCAGGCCCUGUCCUCUGUCCCCCACACCCUCUUUGCUUCAUUCAUUCAUUCAUUCAUUCAUUCAUUUAAAAGACAUUUAUUUAGCACCUUCUAUGCGCCCAGCCUGUGCUAGGCCAACCAGCUGAGUGUAGGGAGGGGUCUCUACACCACCUAAGGGGUGCUUCCGCCACCCACCUCAUACUUUACCUGUGCCUUUAGGGGAUCUGUAGGAGGUGGGAUACUUAUUGUGGGGUUUUGGGGGUGUUCCUACCAAGCUACACCCCUCCUCUGUGCCAACCCACCCUCUGCAGCCUCCUGCCUCAUCCCCUGCUGGCUGGGGGCUGCUCCUCGGACACCCUGCCUUCCAGCUCUGUCUCCUUACCUGGAACCCCUUCCCCAAAUGCUGAGUCUGGAGGUUAAGGCCUUAGGCUCUUCCCAGGGCCUGUUAAGGGGACCCACAUUCCAGUGCCAAGGGGGGUGGCAAAUGGCAAAUGGAGAUGUCAUUGUAUCCUGCACCCCCCCCUCCCACAGCCCCCAGAGAGCUGAGGUGGGAGGGAGCACAUGGCUGGUGUGAAUCCUGUAACCCUCCCAUUUAAGUGCCUUCUCUGUGGUGGAGAUCCCCUCAAUGUGAUGAGAACUAAAGAGAAAGCCAGACCCCCACUCCA